UUUACUGCUUCAUCUGUCAACUCUCUCUUCCUAGCGAGCGCCCGCCCUCCCCCUCUCUCUCUCUCAAAGCCAAAUGGGUAGUUUGAGGUUCUCUGCCGUGUAUGCCUUGACGUUAAUGGCAGUGGUGAUGAUGAGUAGCAGCGGUGCAGUCUCAGGCCAAGGCGAUCCGUCCAUAGGCAGUGCUUCUGGGGGCGCGGCCGGAGGAGCAGAGAUGGUGCCGGCAAUGUUCGUAUUCGGAGACUCUCUGAUAGACAACGGGAACAACAACGACCUUCCCUCUUUCGCCAAGGCCAACUACUUCCCCUAUGGUAUCGACUUUAACGGCGGCCCCACCGGUCGCUUCUCCAACGGCUACACCAUUGUUGAUGAAAUCGCGGAACUUCUAGGACUGCCUUUAAUCCCCGCCCACUCUGAAGCCUCCGGAGAGCAAGUGCUUCAUGGAGUCAACUACGCCUCCGCCGCUGCUGGCAUCCUCGAUGCCACCGGCAGAAACUUUGUGGGGCGGAUCCCAUUCAACCAGCAGAUAAGGAACUUCGAGAGCACGCUGGACGAGAUAACGGACAGCCUGGGGGCGGACGACGUUGCGAACGCGAUCGGGCGGUGCAUAUUCUUCGUGGGGAUGGGGAGCAACGACUAUCUCAACAAUUACCUAAUGCCCAACUACGCCACCCGCUCUCAGUACAAUCCCCAGCAGUUCGCAGACUUGCUCAUCCAGCAGUACUACGGCCAAGUCACUAGCCUUUACAAUCUGGGGGCACGGAGGUUUGUGCUGGCGGGCCUGGGGCAAAUGGGGUGCAUCCCCAGCAUAUUGGCUCAGAACCAAAACGGGCGGUGCUCGGCGGAGGUGAACCAGCUGGUUGCACCCUUCAACGCCAACAUCAAGACCAUGGUCACGGACCUCAACGCCAAGCUCCCCGCCGCCAAGUUCAUCUACGUUGAUAUUUACCAUAUGUUCGUAGAUCUCCUCGCCAAUUCUCAAGCCUAUGGUAUAACGGAGACAAACCGAGGGUGCUGCGGCGUGGGAAGGAACGGAGGACAGAUCACGUGUCUUCCAUUCCAAACGCCAUGCGCCAACCGCAGACAAUACGUAUUCUGGGACGCAUUCCACCCCACCGAAACCGUCAACAUCAUUUUGGGAAGGAACGCAUUCACCGGCAACCAAAACUAUGCCUAUCCCAUCAACAUACAGCAGCUUGCUAACCUUGAUCUUCAGCCCAAUUAACGGCUAGACCAAAUGCAUGCUACCUACUACCCAUCCAUGCUGAAUCUUUAUUUUGAUUAAUCACGUGGUACUUUCUUUGUUUCUUUGCCCUAUCCCAUGGAUAAGUCCUUAUAAUUAAUGCUAUAUUUUAGAAUAUAAUGUGAGAGUUGAGGACUGCUACUUUGAUCUUAUUUUAUUUUGGGCGGGCAUUAUAAUUUUGUUCAGCUUUACUUCACUAGUUUUGAUUGUAGUUUGGAUAUUUGGCUUAUAUGGAUUGAUGUAAAAAAUCAAUACGUCAUUCUAGUAACAGUUCAACAAGCUUUUUCGAUCUAAA